GCAAGAGACAACCCAAGGAAAGAUCCGUCAUUCCAUGACCUAACGCCCCUUCUGGAAUCCCCAACUCCAGUAGCGUCCCCGUCCAAAAGACCAAAACCAAGCAAAACCGCACACAUCCCCUCCUCUCUCUCUCUCUCUCUCUCUCUCUCUCUCUCCAUCAACAGUUGCUUACUGCAUUGCCUGUGCCAUAGCUCCCUCCGCCGCUGGCAUUAUCAUCGCGCUUUUGGUUGCGAGUGUGUAUAGUACUGAUUUGGAUGCAAAUAAGAGAUGCCACCGAAGCAGCAACCAAAAGCAGAUUUAGCAAAGAAGCAGAAGAUCGCAGAAGACAAAACCUUCGGGCUCAAAAACAAAAACAAGAGUAAAAAUGUACAGAAAUAUGUACAAUCCCUCAAGCAAAAUGUACAACCCCAACCUGACUCCUCUAAACUCGCCGCCAAGAAAAAGAAAGAGGAAGAGAAAGCUAGAGAGAAGGAGCUAAAUGAAUUGUUUAAAGUUGCUGUUAGCCAGCCCAAAGUUCCCAAUGGUGUUGAUCCAAAGUCAAUAGUCUGUGAGUUCUUUAAAGUAGGGCAAUGCACGAAGGGUUUCAAAUGCAAGUUCUCGCACGAUUUGAAUGUUCAGCGGAAGGGAGAAAAGAUUGAUAUAUAUAGUGAUAAGCGUGACCAAGAAACAAUGGAGGAUUGGGACCAAGAGACAUUGGAGAAGGUUGUGGAGUCUAAGGGAAAAGAGUAUCAACAGAAUAAACCUACUGACAUUGUUUGCAAGUACUUUCUUGAAGCAGUGGAGAAGAAACAAUAUGGUUGGUUCUGGGCCUGCCCAAAUGGUGGUAAAGAUUGCCAUUAUCGGCAUGCUCUUCCUCCAGGGUAUGUUUUGAAAUCUCAGAUGAAGGCUCUAUUGGAUGAAGAGGCUGAAAAGAUCUCCAUUGAAGAGGAGAUUGAAAAUCAGCGUGCCAAAACAACUGCUUCAACCCCUAUGACUCCCGAGCUGUUCAUGCAAUGGAAGAAGAAAAGGAUGGAAGAAAGAGAUGCUGGUUUAGCUUCUCAGAGGGCAGAGAGAGCUAAGACUGAUCGUAUGAGUGGCCGGGAGCUUUUUCUAUCAGAUGCCAGUGUGUUUGUGGACGAUGAGGAGGCAUAUGAGAAAUAUCAAAGAGAGGAAGAACCCGAUGGUACUGAACAGCAGGUCAAAGAUAAAUCCACUGCUGAUGGACCAAGCACCUCAGCAGCAGCUGUUGGUGAUGCUGAAGAUCUGUGUGAUGACGAUGAUGAUGAACUGGACAUGGAUGAGUUAAAUGAACUGGAGGCAAGUUUAUCAAGAACGUCAAUCCAAAUUCAGGAGCACAGUGGUUGUAAAUAGUUUUGAGAGGCAGAGUCUGUGGUCCACAUGCCUUUUUAAAAUGUUGACACCAUGAUCCUGCUGAGAAGGGAUUUGCAUGGCCAAUGCAUCACUUGCAACCAUUUCACUAGCUGCCAAUGAUAAUUAAUUGAAAGUUAUGAGCCUCCCCUAAUCUAGGCAGUUACUUUUUGACAUGAUGUCUAUUAUUCUUGAUAUCAAGAGUGAGUUUAAGAUUGUUACA